AAAACGACAACUUUCUUUACAGACGUUGCUACUUCCGGGUAGUUAAUAAUUCAAGUGAGUAGUGAGUUUAAUUCUUUCAACUUCACAUUUCAAGAUUGAUAACCAUGAGGAGAGCAGCUGUAGCCAACAAAAGCCCCCAAUCAAAAGUGCUGAAAGUGGUCACAGAAUUCGAUGCCUUCCCCAAAGUACCUGACAACUUCAAAGAAACAACUGCAGCUGGUGGUGGAAUUGCGGUGGUCACAUUUGUGUUCAUCUUUAUUCUGGUAUUGUUUGAGUUCAUGUAUUACACAAACACCAAGCUCAAGUUUGACUAUGAGGUGGAUACUGAAGUUGACGGGAAGAUCAAAAUUAACAUCGACAUGACCAUAGCCAUGAAGUGUGAAUACAUCGGUGCUGACGUGUUAGACCAGACUGGUCAGGACACCCACAGUUUUGGCACCCUUCUGAUGGACCCCACCCACUACACUCUGACCCCGGCUCAGCAGAGCUUUCGGGACAUCACACGACGCAUCAACCAGUACCUAAAGGACGAGUAUCACGCCAUACAGGAGCUCCUGUGGCUGUCUGGGGCUGUUGGUGUGAAGAUGGGAUCACACAGAGAGGCAGAAGGACAGAAGGGGCCUAUGGAUGCAUGCAGGGUGCAUGGGUCACUGGAGGUCAACAAGGUGGCUGGAAACUUCCAUAUUACUGCUGGAAAGCAUUUCCCCCAGCUACAGUUUGGUCUGGGUCAUAUUCAUUUAGAAGGGUUCCUAUCGGAACAUGACUACAACUUCACUCACAGGAUUGAUCACUUUUCAUUUGGGGAGGUGACCUCUGGAAUUGUUAACCCUCUAGAUGGAGAGGAGCAGGUCACUCAAAGCAAUUACCACCUGUUCCAGUAUUUCAUGAAGAUAGUUCCGACCAAAGUGCGGACCUAUGCCAACCAAGUGGACACAUACCAAUACUCUGUUACUGAACGGAGCCGUCCCAUAGACCACAGUCAUGGCAGUCAUGGUGUUCCAGGGAUAUUCAUCAAGUACGAGCCGUUCUCAUUCAAGGUCGUAGUCAGGGAGGAGCACCUGCCAUACAGCCAGUUCCUGGUCAGACUAUGUGGGAUUGUGGGCGGCAUCUUCGUUGUAUCAGGUAUGCUCCAUGAUAGUGUUGGAGUUAUUGUGGACAUCAUGUGUUGCCGCUUUAAGCUGGGCAGAUACAGCCCCGUUUCCACGGCAACUCAGCCCCUUCUAGUGCCGGAGAGUGAAGCCAGUCUGGCACACGGCAAAUCUCUUUUGUCCACAUCAAGUGUAGACGAUCAGUCUUACACGCCUGUACAGUUUGCGAGUGGCUACACGAAUCAUGACUUAAACAAUUCAUACAAUGGGCAGACACAGUUUGAUGGUGUACAAAGCUAGUGGGUGUCAUUGGCUUAUUUUAGUUCAUAAGAAUUCCAUCAUGAUUUUUUAAUGUUUCUUUUAGUUUUUAUGCCCCCAGUAGGGUGGCAUAUAGCAAUUGAACUGUCCGUUAGUCUGUCUGUCUGUCAGUGCAUUAACAUUGGCCAUAACUUUUGCAAUAUUGAAGAUGGCAACUUGAUAUCUGGCAUGCAUGUGAAUCUCAUGGAGCUGCACAUUUUGAGAGGUGAAAGGUCAAGGUCAUGCUUCAAAGUCAAAGUUCAAAUAUAUGGCUUCAAAGCGGCACAGUAGGGGGCAUUGUGUUUCUGAGAAACACAUCUCUUGUUCUAUAAUGUUUUUAUUGUUGAAAUGUUUGCAACAUAUAGAAAUUUUUCCACUGUGUUUCAAUAAAACAUUGUUGUUGAUUACCUUUUUUGCAUUUUUUUCUUUUUUGCACUUUUUAAGAAUAAAAAGUUGUCAUUAUGUAUUGUAAAUGUUUGUUUGAAAUAUUCUGUUUUCAUGAUCAAUAGCUUACUAAAAAAUUUAAAACAUUUGUUUUUCAUGUAGAACUUGAUGUAAAAUCAAACAAUAAAUAUUUAUUAUUUUUGAUAAGGUGAAGUUAAUGAUAUUUACUGUGCUCAAGAAUUACAUGAAUUAUUUGUUUUCAUAGAAAAUCAAACUUUAUCAUAAAGUUAUUAAUGUAGGGUUGAUUAUAUUCGUUGUGCUUAAGAAGUACUCUAAUAAUUUAAACUUACUUGUUAAUUAUUAAUUAAGUAUGUACUAUACAUGUUCAUAUGUUUUUAAAUCCACAAUGAAUUGUUUUCUGAGAUUGCUUUUUAGCUCGACUAUUAUAUAUGAAAUAUAUAUAGUGGAGCUAUCCUACUCACCCCGGCGUUAGCGUUACCGUAAGUGUUAGCGUUAGCGUGCAAAUGUUAAAGUUUUCGUACUACCCCAAUUAUUUUCAUUGUCCCUUGACAUAUUGAUUUCAUGUUUUGCAUACUUGUUAACCAACAUGACCCCAACCUAUAAACAAGAGCAGAAAACUCUAUCAAGCAUUUUGUCAUAAUUAUGGACCCUUUUUCACUUAGAAUAUGCAGCAAAUGUUAUAGUUUUCGUACUACCCCAUUUAUUUUCAUUGUCCCUUGACAUAUUGCUUUCAUAUUUUGCAUACUUGUUGACCAACAUCACCUCAACCUAUAAACAAGAGCAGACAACUCUAUCAAGCAUUUUGUCAUAAUUAGUGCCCCUUUUAUACUUAGAAUAUGCAUAUUAUUGAUAAAUCUAUGUUAAAGUUUGCGUACUACCCCAAAUAUUUCCUAUAUCCUUUCACAUAUUGCUUUUAUAUGUUGCAUAUUUGUUAACCAACAUGAUCCCAACCUAUAAACAAGAGCAGACCACUGUAUUAAGCAUUUUGACAUAAUUAUUGCCCCAUUUACACUUAAAUAAUUGAACAUUUUGCUUAAAUUGCCAUAACUUCUUUAUUAAUGAUCACAUGUUAUUAUUACUUUGACAAAACAACACUUACCUGAAUACCACAAUGGAUUCCACCCAAACAAUACCCCACGUCCCUACCCAGCAUCCCUCCCCCAGACCUCCCCCCAUUUUUUUAAAACAUCAUCUAAAAAAUUACCACACCCCACAUUAUACCCCCCUGUCACCCCCUACCCCCCCCCCCCAAUUUUUUUUUUAAACAUCAUCUAAUAAAUAACCCCACCCCACAUUAUAACCCCUCUCACCCCCUACCUCCUCCCUCCAAAAGUUUUUUUCUUCCUUUUUAGCUCACCUGAGCACAACAUGCUCAUGUUGAGCUAUUGUGAUCGCCUUUUGUCCGUCGUGCGUUGUGCGUCGUCAACAUUUACCUUGUUAACACUCUAGAGACCACAUUUAUUGUCCAAUCUUCAUGAAACUUACUCAAAACAUGUGUCCCAAUAAUAUCUUGGACGAGUUCGAAAAUGGUUCCGGUUGAUUGAAAAACAUGGCCGCCAGGGGGCGUGGCAGUUUGCUAUGGUAAAACCUUGUUAACACUCUAGAAGUCACAUUUAUUGUCCGAUCUUCAUGAAACUUUGUCAGAACAUGUGUCCCAAUAAUAUCUUGGACGAGUUUGAAAAUGGUUCCAGUUGGUUGAAAAACAUGGCCGCCACAGGGCGUGGCAGUUUUCCUUAUAUGGCUUUAGUAAAACCUUGUUAACACUCUAGAAGUCUCAUUUUUAGUCCAAUCUUCAUGAAACUUUGUCAGAACAUGUGUACCAAUAAUAUCUUGGACGAGUUCGAAAAUGGUUCUGGUUGUUUGAAAAACAUGGCCGCCAGGGGGGCUUGACAGUUUUCCUUAUAUGGCUAUAGUAAAACCUUGUUAACACUCUAGAAGUCACAUUUUUCGUCCAAUCUUCAUGAAACUUGGUCAAAACAUGUGUCCCAAUAAUAUCUUGGACGAGUUCGAAAAUGGUUCCAGUUGAAUGAAAAACAUGGCCGCCAUGGGGGGGGGGCAGUUUUCCUUAUAUGGCUUUACUGUAUGGUAAAACCUUGUUAACACUCUAGAAGUCACAUUUGUGGUCCAAUGCUCAUGAAACUCGGUCAGAAUAUUUGAACUAAUAAUAAUAAUAAAAAACAUGGCCGCAAGGGGGCGUGGCAUUUUUCCUUAAAUGGCUAUUUACUACAAAACCUUGUUAACACUCUAGAAGUCACAUUUAUUAUCCAAUCUUUAUGAAACUUGAUCUGAACAUUUGUUCUAACAAUGGCUUGAGUGAGUUUGAAAAUGGUUAUGGUUUGUUGAAAAACAUGGCCACCAGGGGGGGGGGGGGGGGGGCAGCUGUCCUUAUAUGGCUUUAGUGAAAACUUGAUGACACUAUAUUAGCCACAUUUAUAGGCCAAUCUUCAUGAAACUUGGUCAGAACAUUUGUCCCAAUGACAUUUUGCCAGAGAUUGAAGCUGGGUCAUAUGAGCUAAAAAACUAGGUCACAAGGUCAAAUAAAAAAAAAACAUGUUAAAAGUCACUUUUUUGCUCCAAAAUAAUCUUCAUGAAUCAGCUUGCAUUUUUUUCAGAAUAGUCUAGUUCCUUUGGCUUUCAGGUGAGCGCCUUAGGGCCUGAUGGCCUUCUUGUUUUAUUUUUUAAAGAUCGUCUAAUAAAUGACCACACCCCACAUUAUACCCCCUCACACCCCCCCACCCCCCUCCUCAAAUUUUUUUUUCCUUUUUUUAUUUUUGAAAGAUCGUCUAAUAAAUUAUUGAAUAUGAACAAUUUCCCCAUGAUGGCUUACGUUAUACUGUCUCUUGAAUAGUCUAGCGCGCUGACCUCUGACAGCUCUUGUUUUUCAUAAAUCUGUCAAAGAAUAAAAAAUACCUUAAUUCUAAUCUUUUGCAUAUAUUCCUUAAAAUUUACUGACAGUAAAUAAAAUUAAACUUUUCAAAUAACUUAACAAAUGAUUGUAUAGCUGAAAUAUCUGUAUAAUCAUCUUAAAAUUGUCACAUAGUUUCUUUCUGAAGAAAUUUAUUUUAAUCAUUUGUGGAAAUCAUAUUUUUUAUAAGUUAAAAACCAUGGAUAUUCAUAUGAAACGUGUGUCAAUGCCAGCUAUUGAGUUUGUAUAUGCCAUCAUUGACAUGUGACUUUAAAUGAUAUUAUAUCUAUGCAUUUACAAUGCUGCUUUAUGGUCCUGCUGGUCUGUGUUCAACAAGAGCUACAACAGUAUGCCAACAGUAUACAUAUUUACAGGGGCAACGUCAACUUGUUUAGUGGCGCAGCAGGACUCGUGUUACUUUUAAAUUCCAGAAUUGAUAUAUUUUGCAUUCUAAUGCAAUGUGACUACAUGUAUUGUAUUAAUUGUAUAGUCAUUUUGAUAACAACUAUGUAAUAAAUAGGAUCUUACAA